AUGGCCUCCGAGCUGGUAAUCCGCCGCCGCACUGCCCUGCGUGACAUCGGCAACCGCGCUGCUCGGCCAAAAACAUGGGCCAUCACCAAAAAAGCGGUGGAGAAGGGGAGCUGCCAGGAGGAGUCCAGCACCAGGGCCCUGGCCGUCACUACCCUGGACAAAACAUGUACCAGGAGUUCGAGGGCUGCCACCGAUGAGGAGUUGCAGUCUACAGCCAUGGACCCCAAGCCGGAGCCUUCCCAGUUGAAACCUCAAUCUCCAACCCUCAUGGAAACACCUGGAUGUGCCCCGCCAGGCAAUGUGCUCUACCAGGCUUUUUCUGAUGUCUUGCUUGAUGUGGAAGAUGAUAAUGACCCAAACACCCCCACCGACUAUGUGAAGGACAUUUACAAAUAUCUGAGAAAACUUGAGGAAAAUCAACCUGUCAGACCCAAUUAUCUGGCCAGCCAAGCAAUAAAUGGGGAUAUGCGUGCCGUACUAAUCGACUGGCUUGUGGAUGUGCAGAUGAAGUUCCAACUCCUCCAGGAGACCUUGUACCUGGCAGUUGCUAUUAUUGAUCGCUUCCUGCAAGACAAUUCCAUUUCCACUACGAUGUUGCAGCUGGUUGGUGUCACGGCUAUGCUUAUUGCCUGCAAAUACGAAGAGAUUGUUUUCCCAGAUAUUGAAGACUUUGCCUACAUAACCGAUCAUGCUUACACAAAGUCUCAAAUCCUCCAGAUGGAGAGGAAGAUCCUGCAAGCUCUGGACUUUAGUCUGGGUUGCCCUCUCCCCCUGCAUUUCCUGAGCAGGACUUCAAAGAUUGCUAAGGUCAGCCCUGAACAACAUGUUCUGGCCAAUUACCUGAUGGAGUUGUCCAUUGUGGACUAUGAUAUGGUUCACAUCCCACCAUCAAAAAUUGCAGCAGCUGCUUCGUGUUUGUCUCUGAAACUCAGUGGAUGUGAAUGGACACCAACUCUGCAACACAACACAUCCUACACAGAAAACGACCUUCUUCCAGUUAUGCAGCACAUGGCAAAGAACAUCGUCCUCAUGAAUAUGGAUGCUACCCAGCUCAUGACAAUCAAGAAAAAAUAUGACAUCUUGAAAAAUCACAAGCUACUCCUGACUGAUCAGCUGGGCUCUUCCAUUGUACGGGAUCUAGCAAA